AUGGAAGAAGAUAGUUGGUUUAAUGAAUCGAGUGGUUUCGAGGCCAAGGAAUCUGAAAACGUGAAUCCGGUUCGGAAAAGAACUUCCGAAGUUUCUACACUAACGCCACAGGCUCGAAAAGUUGGAAUACCGCUUAUCAAAAGAUCUUCUAUGUCUGUUUUGGCUGAUGGAUUUCGAACGGCAACUUCUCUCGCUAACGAAGGCACAGAUGAAAACGACUCCUUCGGAUUAUCAUUUCGGCAUGAGAACUCUAAAAUUAUUGGAAUCUCUACACCGAAACCGACGACACCAAAAACUUACUCGAAUAUACGAGCAUUGAGUGAUAAGGACUUGGAAACAUAUUCUUCCAUAAAAAAAUUAAAAAAUUUCUAUGAGUGGCAAAAAGAAUGUUUGGCCGAUAAACGAUUAUUAGAUGGACAAAAUUGUAUUCUAUCGUUGCCCACUGGUGCGGGAAAAACCCUGAUUGCUGAAAUUUUAAUGAUAAGAGAAGCCGUUGAAAAACGGAGAAGCGCUUUAUUAGUUUUACCUUAUGUGGCAAUUGUUCAAGAAAAGAUUUCCUCUUUGGCCCCAUUUGAAGAAGCGUUUGGUAUAAACAUUGAAGAAUACGCGUCAAAUAAAGGAAGAUUUCCGCCGAUAAAGCGUAGAAAAAAGAUAUCCGUGUAUGUAGCAACUAUUGAAAAAGCGAACAUGCUUAUCAACUCAAUGAUUUCGGAAAAUAAGCUAGCUGAUUUGGGAUUGGUUGUAAUUGAUGAGCUUCAUAUGAUUGGAGAAAGAGGUCGCGGUGCUAUUAUUGAACAAGUCAUUGCAAAAUAUCUUUACAAGGGAUCUGGUCAGAUCGUUGGAAUGUCUGCAACACUGCCGAAUCUCGACGAACUUCAACUCUCAAUGCGAGCAUUUGUCUAUUCGACUAAAUUCCGACCUGUCGCGCUCACAGAGUACGUUAAAAUUGGGCAAACUAUGUAUCAAGUGGAAGACGACGGCGGCUUGAAACCGUCGGGAGAUUUACAGCCGAAUAAUAGGGAGGAUCCUGAUGGGAUUUGUCUUUUGAUUGCAAAUUUGGUUCCGAAAAAUUCGGCGGUCAUUUUUUGCCCAAAUAAGAAAAACUGCGAAAAUGUUGCUGUUCUUCUUGUGAAAUCAAUACCGCCUGAAAUUCGGCGUCAAAAAAGGAAAGAGCGCGAGAUAUUUCUUCAGUCAGUUUAUUCGGACGAUGAAGAUGAGAAAAUGGAUCGUCUGCUACGAGAUUGUUUGCUUUCGGGCGUCGCAUAUCAUCAUUCGGGUUUGACGCAGGAUGAGAGGAAAUAUGUGGAAGCCGCGUUCAUGGAGGGACUCAUCUUCGUUGUUUGUGCGACGUCGACACUAGCAGCAGGAGUGAAUCUUCCAGCAAGAAGGGUCAUAAUUAAGGCUCCGAUGGUUGGCAGAGAUCGACUUGGAAAAGCGCAAUAUCUUCAAAUGGCUGGUCGAGCUGGCCGUGCUGGAUUUGAUACGAAAGGAGACUGCAUCACAAUUGUGAGGCCGGGCGAAGAAGAACGAUGGUUUCGGAAAAUGUUGACUUCGGAGUUGCCGAAGUGCAUCAGUGCACUUUCUUGUGAAGAAACCAUGGAAUCAUUUUUAUUGGAUUUACUAUCAUUAAAGAUUGCUUCAAAUUCAGAUGAAUUGCUAGUUGCGGUGCGAUAUUCUUUACUUGCUGCUCAGAAAAGUCAAGAUGAUAUUCGAGAAAUGGUCGAGAAUUGCUUAAAGAUUCUCAUCGACAAGAAAUUGGUAGAAAAAGACAAGGAAAAUUUGACGGCUUCUGAUCUUGGCAAAGCAGUUUUUGUUGCUGGAUUUGCACCAGAAGAAGCAACUCGGUUAUAUUCGGACCUGCGAACGUCGCUGAAUCAGGGAGUCAUCUUCUCAUCUCAUUUCCAUUUGUUAUUUAUCAUUACUCCUUAUGAUCAAGCCUGCAAUAUUAACUGGGACCUUUUCUUAAUGUUGUACAACGCGCUUCCGAUAAGUGAAAAGAACUUGCUAGAUCGUUGCGGAUUAAGCGAAAAAUACAUUCUGGAUGCAAUUAUCAAAAGAGUUGAACAGGUCCCUGGAAGCCCUCGAAUGCGUCUUUAUAUUGCUAUGAUGCUACAAAAAAUUUGGGACCACGAGAGUUUGAGCGCUGUCGCUGAUAGAUUUGGCGUUGAGAAGGGAUGGCUUCAGUCCACGCUACAAUCAUCCAUUUCACAAGCUGCAUCCAUUGCCAAGUUUUCCGAGAAAAUUGCAUCUCUUUGGCCUCUCCGUCAGCUUUUACCUGAACUUGUACAAAAACUGUCAGAAGCCUCACAACCUGAGUUGUUGCCCCUUAUGGCAAUCGAAGGAAUCAAAAAGGGAAGAGCUGCGGUUUUGUUCAACUCGGGAUUUAAAACGGUGGCUUCUGUUGCUCGAGCCGAUGAAAGGAAAUUGAUGGAGGUGUUGGGAAAAAUUCGAAUUCAGCAUGCUAGAAAUAUUAUUUCAAGCGCGAAGAUUAUUUUACGUGAUCGAAUUGAUGAAAAAAUUGAGGAACUUGAUGUUUGGGGUAUGGUCAAUGUGAAAAAAGGUGUAUUUGUUACCAGCGACCCUGCAUUCAGGCAGCUUUUGAUCCAUCUGGAUGAGUCGAGACAGCUCGGAUCCAAAUUUAUUAUCAGAGAGCUUGACGAGACUCAUUUGUUCAUUGAAAAGGAAGUUUUGCCGACAUUGGAGGAGAAAAUCGAAUCGAUCAUGGAGAACAUGAAUCCAGAACUAAGUGAGCGAUAA